AUGCCACAGCAGCUCACGCUGCACGGCGGCGGCGGCGGCGAGGCGCCGCUGCGCUGGGUGGCCGACCCGGCGCGCCAGCCGCAGCAGCUGGACGCCUGGAUCGAGGCUGUGGAGGCGCUGCACCAGGCUGACGCGUCUGCCGAAGCGCUGGCGCCGCCGCCGCCAGACCUGGAGGCGCUCAUGCAGGAGUGGUCCCCCCAGAUGCAGGCCCACAUCCACAGCAGCCCGCUGCCAGACCCGCGCCAGGACGUGGACCUGGCCACCUACGCCCGCAUGUGCUGCAGCGUGCUGGACCUGGCGCCGCCCGCCGGCGCCGGCCUGCCCGGCCUCGUGCACUGCCUGCACGCCAUGUUUGCCCUCUACCUAGAGUUCCGGUGGAACCCCGCCUUCCAGCACCGCGACGUGUUUGGCGCGGCGGGGCCCGCGGGCGCGGCGGGCGAGCUGGCGUGA